GUAAUUCGUAGGACCGCUGAAAAGAAAAACUAAAAUAAUAUUAAAAAUGUCUUAUAUGUUAUCACAUUUGCAUAAUGGCUACCAAGUUGACCAGGCAAUCAUAUCAGAAGAAGACAGGGUUGUGGUUAUCAGAUUUGGACAUGAUUGGGAUCCUACUUGCAUGAAAAUGGAUGAAAUAAUGUAUAGUAUUGCUGACAAGGUGAAAAAUUUUGCAGUGAUAUAUUUGGUUGAUGUUACAGAAGUUCCAGAUUUUAAUAAAAUGUACGAGUUAUACGAUCCAUGCACUGUCAUGUUUUUUUACAGAAAUAAACAUAUCAUGAUUGAUUUGGGGACUGGUAACAACAACAAGAUUAAUUGGUCGUUAGAAGAUAAACAAGAGAUGAUAGAUAUUGUAGAAACAAUUUAUCGAGGGGCGCGGAAAGGCCGUGGUUUGGUUAUUUCACCUAAAGAUUAUUCUACAAAAUAUAGAUAUUAAUGCACUGUUUUUAUUAACUUUAUUUAUCAACAUGUGUAUGUAUACAUUCCCUGGUUAGGUGAAUGGUAUUAUUGAAUUGGAAGCAUGUAUUUUUAUUGUUUUUGAGAAGAAAAUAAAAAGUUUUAAAAUA